GAGGAAAAAAAAAAAAAAAAAGUGCAGGGAAAAAAGUGAUAAGCAGCAAGCAGCUUCUGGGUUUUGCUUUCAAGCGCUCUCCCGCUGAAUUGGUGAGUGAGGGCGUAUAUGUGUGUGUGUGUGAGUGUGUGUGUGUGGGGCGUUCACUCUUUCUCUUGCCACAGUAGCAACACAGUGCAGCAGCGUCAGCCCCGAACAAAAGGCUAAAGGCAGCAGAGCCACAGGAGGGAAACUCAGGGAUAGAAGCAAACAGAGUGGCCCAGCGUGACUGCACUUCUCAGGGAGGAACUCAAACUGCCAUUUACCCUCCUGGUCCUGGACUGGAGACGGGGCGGUCCACCAGAUCAGCCCAGGCUGCCUGAGCGGACAAACACACCCAGCUGCUGACAGCUCUGACUGUCACUUUGUCUUCCAUUCAAACUUUCUCACUCAGUGUCAUCCUCCACUGACUCCUGCUGCACCUGCCCUUCUCCACUCGGGCGUCUAUUCUCUUCAUCUUUCUUCUUUUUCGAGAUGUCAGAAGAUGAUUGCCGCUCUCCCAUCGGCCUGGACUGUUGCAGUUGCUGCCUGGACCUGGCCAAUGGAGGUGAUGACUCCAUACCGGGAGGUCCAGCUCAGGGCCUCGGCCUGCCGGCAAGUCCGACCAGCCCCAGCGUCAGUCAUUUCCGUCAGCUUCGCAACCAGCUGAUGUACCAGAACCUGAACACGGACAAGCUGAACAACAUCAUGAGGCAAGACUCCCUGGAGUCGGUGGUUCGAGACCCCUGCUUCCUGCUGAAUGAGGGAAUCUGCAACAGCAACAUUGACCAGACCAUGCUGUCUAUACUGCUCUUCUUUCACAGUGCCUCUGGUGCUAGCGUUGUGGCCAUUGACAACAAGAUUGAACAGGCAAUGGAUCUUGUCAAGAACCACCUGAUGUACGCGGUGCGUGAGGAGGUGGAGAUCCUCAAAGAGCAGAUCAAAGAGCUGGCAGAGAAGAACAACCAGCUAGAGAGGGAGAACUACCUGUUGAAGAACCUGGCCAGUCCAGAGCAGCUGGAGAAGUUCCAGUCUCGCAUCCCUACAGACGUUCUGUUACCUCUGGACAAUCAGGCCAACCAGCUGACCCCAGACCAGCACCAGACCUGCAACCACAGCACUGGCUCUGCUGUAUAAGUGGCUCUGCCUUGGGGCGGGCAGAGCCACUGUCUCCUAACAGUAAUGGACCUCCAUUUUAACGGAAGCGUUAUAAAAUCGCCACCGCUGAGAAACCUUCAAGAUAUGAAGGAGGAGCAUCGGGGCUGUAAAUGAUCGAUGGGACAUAAAAGAACUGUUGACACUGAUAAGCACAAAACAGACCUAGAGAUGCUCUGACUGAUGUGGUGUCAGGCCCGUCCACCGAUACCGUCCAACUCUUUGUCGUAGUCUCUCUUUGUAGACAACAGUGCUAAUAGCGAAGGGAAUGAAUAGACACCGGUGAGCACUUUCUUCCAGACAGAGGGGGACUUUCCCUGCCUAGCCAAACUCUUCUAACAAGGACCCUUUGCUGUAGAAAGGGUUUAGAGGAGGUGUUGAUAGGGCUGGCCCUGCAGGUGCUAACUUGGACAGUAGGAGGGUGGGGGCUGCUCUUUGUGUCACCCAAAGGAGACCCAUCUGAGGCAGUCCUCCAUGUCUCAAUGAGAAAAGCCCCAUCAUGUGGAUUUGUCCCAUCUUGAAAUACAAGUUUCAUGGACUCUCAGCUGCACAUUUCAGCCACAUAACAAGGACCUUUCCUGUACCCACAAUGUAUUGCGCAUGUUUUCAUGUACAUUUAAGCAUAACAAAAGUAAUCAGGAUAAGCUAAGGCAACAGAGGUGGAGGUUAAUGCAGUAUAGCCUAUUAGAGCAGGUUAACGGCUGCAGUAGACUAAUCAGUAUACUGUAAUGAGUCAUAAAACAUAAUCUUGUAUUGUCUGCAGUUGGGGCUUGCUGCUUUUGGGGGAAAAUAAUCCUGCUAUAUUUUCUUUUUUUUGUGAUUUUGAACAAAAAUCAGUUGUUUAUGAAAUAGGAGUAAUGUACAGCGGUCUUGAAAGAUUAUUUUUUUGUAUACUAGGGAGGACAGGCAUAUCUGCCCACCUUAUUUGCCGAGCUCUCCAAAAGAACUACAGUGUACAUACUGAAACGUCCUAGAGUAAAUGUAGUAGAGAUGGCAAGCAAGCAGAUGCCUGCAUCUCUCACUGCUGAUGCACUCCUGAUUUUUAGCAGUGUUGCCCAGUGUCUGGUCUGUUUGAUGCUCAGAUGCCAGAUUGAAAACGAUGGCAUGACAACAGUGCCUGUCUGUAGUAAGAGAGGAAUAUUUUCACACUGAGCUCUGUUGUUGUUCGCUAGCUACCAAAGACUUUGCCUCUUGAUUUUUCUUACAACAACAGAAGCAAACCAGGACCAUGUGUAAAACUUCACAGGGAGAAGCGUUGUUAGUGAGUGCUAAUGUUUCUAUGUGAUUUUUGUAAAGAUAACGGUAUUGUUGCUGUAAAGUAUCCAUAAAAGGGUUGUUCACUAUGGUGUAUGGAUACGACUGCACAUUUGCAAUAAACCUUAUGUUUACAUAAUGCAA